AUGGCUGGCGUUAGCUCCGAAUCGAGCCUCUGGGCGAUACGGUAUCCCAACUGGGAUACAACUAGGGAAGCCUUCGAGGAUGACAAAACCCCAGUACCGAAACCGCCAUCCGUAGCAAUCGACUGGCUUUUCCUCAGCGAGACUUUUCAAAUGAGAGCCCUUGGGGGGCUGCGUAUGCCAGAAUACUGGGCCCUGCAAGACAUCGACGCAUAUGGACCAACCUACCGCGUAUCGGACGUGACAGGUGCCAUCGAAGACGAAAGCGAUCCAUUCAUUGAUGCCGAUCCACGUGAGAAACUGUCAAACUUUAUGGAUGGUUUGACACUGUAUCCGUACGUAUCUUGGGCAACCAGUGACUUUGUCGAGGUGGACGAAACGAAGUGGUUCAAGAUCUUCCGAAGGGAGAGAUGGUCGAGUUACAAGCACCCCGACCCCAACGGGCUAUCGAUCGAUAUCGACGAUGACGCAACCUGGGCCAAAAUAAGCAGAGUCAUCGAGCUUGCAAAUAGAAUUCUGAAAGAAGCACUCAGUCAUGAAUGGCUGGCAAGUUUUCUAAAGGAGGAUUCCCGUGAAGUUCGACGGGAUGUAACGGUAGAGUCAAAACAUCAGGCCACUCGGAAGGGUACCAUCGUCCGCGUCAAGCCGGUCAGCCCCGAAUCCCGUCUUAGUCCAACAGAAGCUCGAAAGGUUCUUGACGACAUCGCCGACACUUUCUUUUGGGGAUUCUAUCUUAGAGAGGAAUCGCCUUCAGCUAUUGGAUUGACAUCAAAGCUCAUUGACAAGAACGGGAGGCUGCUCAAGUGGAUGCGUGUUGGUAUCGAGUAUUUCCAGCCGAUAUUCCAAAACAUGAUGUUCCAGGACCCUGAAGGCCGCCAGGCAACGUUUCUGGUGACCAAGACUCAUGGUAUAUCUGGCCACAUGCACAGAUCGUAUCAAGAAAAGCAUCCCGAGGAACCGCUCAUGGCGACCGAAGCUUUUUGGGACGAAGAGAAGUAUGCAGAGGCGGGCAUUUCUUGGGAAAUGUCAUUCUUUGGAUUUUCCCUGAAGGACGUCUCCAGCGGUCCCCAAAGGGCUGGUCAUGCCCUCUUCGGCAUACGUGCCCCUUGGCCAGCUUUCUGCGUGUCAAGCGCCGGUCGCAUGGAUACCUACGACAAUGGGCCUCUCACGGAAGCAUUUCGGGAACAUCGGCCCGGCAUACCUGCCAUCGUCCCUUGCGCGAUGACAUCUUCUGACUUCUGGGAGACGCAUGUGCCAAAAUACGGAUACAAGGCACUGAGAUAUAAGGGGGUCUGUGUUUCUGAACGGGUUUGGGAAAGCCACUAUCAAGACGCCGCACGAACCUCGCGAGCCAAGAUUCUUGACCCCCCUUAUUCGGAAUACGGUCGCCUUGAUCAUAGUAUGAGAAUGAUUGCGCAGCGCUUGAGACUUAGACGAUUGGAGCUCCGAAGGCUGAGGCCAUGGUACAAGGAAGAAUACACCAAAUGGCAUGCUACGAUAUAUGCCGAGACUCAACUGCGAUGCAAAUUGGCCGACAUUGGGUCUUCGUCUAAAUCCCAUCACGACACACAGGAAUCCGAUAUUCGGCACCAGCUCAAGAGCGUCUUGUGGCCAUAUAACUAUAGUCUCGAUGUCGCCAAAUUCAAGAUUCGACACAAAACGACAUCGAGGUUCCUCUACCACGCCUACGCAUAUCUGUGGUUGGCAACGCUGCCCGUCAGGAAGAAGCCUACGCCAUCCAGUCGUCCGACCUCAAGGCCACUGCAUCCCGAAAGACUGAGCAUACCCAAAGCUGCUGGAGGCCAGGAGGUCAUUGACCUUGCUACUAAUCAGGGAAAAAGAACAUCAGUAGCGACUGAAACGUACCUACACAACUCCAAUACCCCAAGCCACAACAAAGAGCUGUGCAUGGAAAACGCCAAACUGUCGUUUUUACGAUGGAAAGUUCUCGGAAAUGUGUCACCUGAGGUGGCUAAAGGUUUCGAGUAUGACCGCCGUGAUAUAAGGAGAAUGAUGGAUCAAUCCCCCUAUGACCAUGGGUGGUUAACUUACAAUUACCGAGACUUGCCCACCCACGUCACUCAAGAGACGCAUUACCCUAUCGGAGCAUCGCAGGUUCAAGGACUUCCCUCGGAGAGGAUUGACCUUGACGACGCCGAUCUUCCAUCCUGGGCUGUCGCGAGACCGGUGAUCGCUCAAGUGCCGGUCCCGUCGCGAGGCAAAUCUGCUGAGAUCACCCCUCCGCUUCGCCACUACCAUGUAGGCGAAAUUGGUGAUCAUCAACGCGUCGGUAGCGGAGUCAAGUGGUUUGUCCACAAAGCCGACGGUGAUGACAGGCAUUUAAUCUACGACCUCAAUUUCUCCAGUCCUGUCUUGAAUAGGGUGCUUCGCACAGGAGACAUGAACGAGAAGGUCCGUGAAUUGUGUUUGAAAAAUGGGCCCAUUGGACAAGUGAUGCAGCUCAUGCGCACGGAAGAUAUCAGACUGGCUUACAACAGAGACCGCUUGUCAUGUGUAGCCUUGGGUAACCACGUUUUUGAUCUGACGUGCUCGUACGCUGAUCUUUCAGACUUCCAACUGGCAGAACACAUGCAGCCUUUACUGGUGAUUAUUAAGCAAAAACGACAGGAAAAUCCUCUCCUCAGGGCAGUCAGUUUAGGAUAUAAUCCUGAUGUUAUCGUCAACUUCCUUCGGCCUUAUCAGAUUGGGAUCAGGACGCGAGAUCUUGACAGGUACAGCGUUUACCGAUUACGCCAUUUCACAUUGAACGAAGUCAAGUGGCACGUUUACCCAGAGACAGGGAUCUACACCAUCUUCAAAGGGCAUUCGGUAAUAGAUCUUACAGACUUCAUGAAAUUUCAUCCUGGUGGUAUGGAGAUUCUGCAGAGCGUCGCCGGGAAAGACUGUACACGUGAAUUUAAGCAGUACCAUCGAGUCCCGACGGGUUUCCUUGGUGUCACUACACAUGUCUAUUUCGAAAGGCUGCAAGUUGGUAAGAUCGUCCCUGAGCAAAGCCCAGGCGUUAUAUCUCCGGAUCAAAUUGUAAUUCGAAAUCAAGUCUUCAGCCGAAAGGCGGAUCUUUCAAGGCUGUCAGGUACCGCCUUAAACGGGUUAAGGGGUCUCCUGGCAUCUGAAGAACUUGAAGAAUACUGGGGAAAGAAUGUGACGGCCCAGAUGGACACAGCAAGCCCGCCAAAAAUACUUUGCAGACUGUUUGAUACAAAAUGGCUUGUUGUCGCCAAGGUUGUCGCGCCAAUAGACACACUGCCUUUCAUGGACGAUCAAAUGUUGGCGCGCAUGGACGGCAAAGUUGAGCCCUGGGGCUUCCGUGAAUCCUACGUUUCUGACAGCAAGUACAUAUACAACUUGACUUCAUACCUCAGAUACGGAAAACCUGACGGGUACAAUGAGCUUUUGAAACCUCGUGCCGGAACAACGCUCUCCAACUCAUCACAAGACCAAGAACUGAAGCGAAGGCUGUGGUCAGACUUCCAAUAUCGAAUUAUAGCACAGCAUGGUCCGAAUCAAGAUGCCGAUUUCGAUUGGAAAAGGUCCUUCAGGCCGAUCUCCGAAGAUGUGCCUGACUUGGAAGGUGAUGAAACUUCGAAAGUCACACCUGCUAUGUCAUCUGCUCAAGCUGCUGAAAAGGGCAAUGCGAAUCGUACUUCAGACCAGAUUGUCCAACCAAUCCAGAGCGUGGCCGGCACGAAACGCAAGCAUAAUGGGCAGCUUAAGGUGCAGGAAAAGAGCAUCAAGGCUGCUACUACAAGCCGUUUUGCACUGCCAGAACAAGUAGCUGCAGGCGUGAAACGGAAGAGCUCGCCGACUCCGGUACGGCCGUACAAGAAGGUAGUCAAAGAAUCUCGUGGCUCUGCUGGUGGUCCCUCGUCUGGGAUUGAAGGCUCAAGCAGAACAAGUUCAAGGGGAACAGAGAAGCCGAGGCAAGAAUGGGAGUGGAAGGACUUGUACAUGUAUCGGUGA